UCCAAUCAGCAAUAGAUCAUCAAUGUUCGUUCCCAAUUCAGAUCAUUCCAACGGAUCAUCAAUUCCCUUACCAAUCACCGACACCAACUCCUCCACCCGAUCCUCCGAAGCCUCGCCGGACGCCGCCGGCGCCGCCCCCGGAAAAUGGGCCGCAAAACUACUCCGCGAGUGCGCCGCCGCCAUGUCGGAGAAAAACUCCGGCAAGAUCCACCACCUGAUGUGGACCCUCAACGAGCUCUCCUCCCCCUACGGCGACUGCGAUCAGAAGCUCGCCGCCUACUUCCUCCAGGCCCUCUUCUGCCGCGCCACCGAUUCCGGCCACCGCUGCCACCGAACCCUAGUCGCCGCCGCUGAGAAAAGCCACUCCUUCGACUCCCUCCGCCGCCUCAUCCUCAAGUUCCAAGAAGUCAGCCCCUGGACCACGUUCGGCCACGUGGCAUCCAACGGCGCCGUCCUCGAAGCCCUCGACGGUGCGCCGGCGAUCCACAUCAUCGACAUCAGCCACACUCUAUGCACCCAAUGGCCCACCCUUCUAGAAACCCUAGCCAUGCGCGCCGACGAAACGCCGCGCCUUCGGCUCACCGCCGUCGCCGCCACCGCCGCUGCCAAGGCGGCCAUGAAAGAAAUCGCGCCGCGGAUGGAGAAAUUCGCGCGCCUUAUGGGCGUGCCCUUCGAGUUCAACGUACUCGCCGGGCUCGCCCAUUUAGGUCAACUCACUAAAGAGGUCCUCGCCGUGCACGACGGUGAGGCCGUCGCUGUCAAUUGCGUCGGCGCCCUCAGAAGAGUUGACGUGGGGGAAAGAGAAAACUUCAUCAGAAUGAUCAAAACCCUAACCCCGAAAGUUGUCACCGUCGUCGAAGAAGAGGCCGAUUUCGCCGGCGACGACUUCCCCAAAUGCUUCGAAGAAUGCCUCCGGUUCAACUCCGCCUACUUCGACAUGCUCGAGGAUUCCUUCGGCACCACGAGCAACGAGAAGCUAAUGCUCGAGCGAGAAUGUUCUAGAAGCAUAGUUAGGGUUUUGGCCUGUACGGACGAUCUCGACGGAGAUGGCGAUUGCGAGAGAAGGGAGAGGGCGAUCCAAUGGUCCGAAAGGCUCCGAGGAUCGGGAUUCUCCACCGUUGGAUUUAGCGACGAUGUUGUCGAUGAUGUCAAGGCAUUGUUAAAGAGGUAUAGGGAUGGAUGGUCUUUAGUAAAACCGGGAGACGACGACGACGGCAUCGGCGGCGAUCGAUCGGCGGCACCGCCGCCGGGGAUAUUUUUGGCUUGGAAGGAUGAACCGGUGGUAUGGGCUUCGGUAUGGAAACCAUAAACACAAUUAGAAAUCAAAUCAAGAUUUUCAUAUAUGUGAAAAGAAAUUUGGAUUUCUAAUCAAUCCUAUUAACAUUUCAAUUUUUUGUUAAUGAUCAAACCCUAGUUAGAAAGUUUAGCUUAUUACAUACAUAAUGAUCGAUGUAUGCAUAUACAUGUUGGUUUAAUUUGUUUUUGCUUAAACUUUUCAUUCAUUUUUGU